CUCAUUAUAAUAUCGACGGAGCUCUUCCUCCCAGUCACAGAUCUCCGCCCCAGUCGUCCCGGACUACAGCGAAGAGCCCGGAUGCGCCGCCAUGCCGCCUCUAUCCCCGAAUGGAACGAUUUAUUCACCAACCUGCCCGACACUGGGCGACUGAGAGUUGACCCAAGUCAAGUCCUCGAGGCAGUUUAUUUUUUUUGUUGCAAGGCCGAGGUGGGGCCUUCUGCCGCGGAGGGAGUAGCACGGGUCACGCGCGCCGUGGAAAAAAAAAAAAAAAAAACUUGCGCGUUCGCGUGACUUGCCGUCGUUGCAUUGAUGUGGACGCUCGAGUGCUAGCUAGGCUAACGCUAGCGUUAGCUCGAGUCGAGAGGGAGGGAGAGAGAGAGAGAGAGCGCGAGAGCGAGCGACGGAGUCCUACCGGAGGCGGGGAGAACUGUGAGAUCCAGAAAGAACAAAUCCAUUCCAUGUCUGCGUCAGCCCUGACCACCAAAAGAGAUGUCUGUUGAUGAGGAUACUGUGAAAACUGGCAGUCCACAUGCCAGCUCAACGUCAUCCCUGCAGCUCUCGGAAUGCGCCGGAGGUUACAGCAACAUGUCUGUGAUGGUGGAGGGUACGGCCGCCACCCCUGAUCUGGCGGCUGCCUGUCCUGUCUCGGGCACCGAAGCUUCGCCCAAACACCCCGGCGUGACUGUCGCGCUUUCCAACUCGGACGACGCGGCACAGGGAGCCAGAGGGAACGAGAAUAACAUCAAUCCCAGGAACAGCUUUAAUCAUUCCAAACAGCCACAACAGACAAAGCUGGCCAAGCGCCGCUACACGGCAAACUCUAGUUUCAAGCAUCCCACGUCCGGCAAGAGGAGGCGAAGGGCCAACUCUGAGAGCGACUCCGUUCUGCCUACCAACUUCCUCCUGGGUGGGAACAUUUUUGACCCAUUGAAUCUCAACAGCCUGCUGGACGAGGAUGUCAAUAGGGCGCUCAAUGCAGAGACGCCCAAGUCGUCCCCGCUGCCAGCCAAGAGUCGAGACCCCGUGGAGAUCCUCAUCCCCAGAGACAUCACAGAUCCACUGAACCUUAACAGCGGGUUAGCGGACGGUAGCUGCAUGGUUUCCCCCUUCAAGAGUGGCGGAAGGAAGAGGCACCGCAACAGACACCAUGGUGGAGGAGGAGGAGGAGGUGCUGGUGCUGGUGGGAUUUCAACUGCACAGGUAAACCUCUCGGAAUCAGGAAAAAGUGAGGUUAAAACUAGCACCUCCCUACCGCUUCCAGGGGUUUUAGCCUCAUGCUCUGCACUAGAUGUCUCCAAAGAGUCCACUGGUUUAUCCAGUGUCACAGAGGAUUCCCACGAGCCAUCCGCUGACCACUCAGCCAGCUGCAAGGAGGAGAUGACAUCUGUAUCCGUGGAGGAUUCCACUUCCUCCACAUCAGGGGCAACAAACCAGCACACAAGCAGACGCAAGCGGAGGCGCAACUCCGGUAAAAUGGACACCCCUGUGACCCAUUCUACGCCCAUUGGAAAGCCCGGUUGUGGAGACAGGGGUUUUGGUGCGUGGGGAUCGAAGAAUUCCCAGUCCUUCCACACACCCAGAAGUGGUUCCAAAACCGUGCAGGGAGGUCGCCAGCAGCCCAACCACCAGGCGAAGGAGCAGCAGAAGACAAAGUUUCAGUACGGGAACUACAACAAGUAUUAUGGCUACCGCAACCCAGGCGCCAGUGAAGACGCACGCGUACGAGUGCUUCGUCCGGAGUGGUUCGAAGGUAAAGAUGUUCUGGACCUGGGCUGCAACUCGGGCCACCUAACGCUCUAUAUUGCCAAAAUGCUAAGACCCGCCCGCAUAUUGGGCCUGGACAUUGACAGCGGUCUGGUACACGCAGCUCGUAAGAACAUCAGACACUAUCUGUCCGAAAUGCAGACCCAAGAGGCCCGGCAUGCAUUGCAGGGUAAAAAGGGCAACAAGCAGGGGGAGAGGAAUCGAGGUGAGAGUGAGACAGGCACAGGCGAGAGGGACAGUGCAGCCCAGAGCAGGGAGGAAAACGGGAAGCCAGCGAAAGGAGAAAGUGGCCUCGCGGAGGCUGCGAAGGACAAUGGUUCCUGCCACACGGACGAGGCGGGGACCCAGAGCCAGGUGGUCAAAACCGAGGAAAUGGAGCAGGAAGAUUCAGAUUCACCCCCCGCCGAUCAAUCCGGGAGCUGCUCUUUUCCGGUGUCCCUACGGAUCUCCAGGGGUCCCAUCGCCGCGCCGCCACUAACGGAAACAGCCACCACGCAGCCCGGAGAGUUCCCCUCGAAUGUGUCCUUCAUCAAGGCCAAUUAUGUUCUGGAGAACGAUAACCUGCUCGUGACUCAGCGGCCGGAGUACGACGUGAUCAUGUGCCUGAGCGUCACCAAAUGGGUUCACCUCAACUGGGGGGACUGUGGCCUCAAGCGGCUCUUCCAGAGGGUCUACAGACAUCUCCGUCCUGGAGGCGUGUUCAUCCUAGAGCCCCAGCCCUGGGAGUCCUAUGUCAGGAGAAAGAAGCUGACGGAUAAUAUUGGCCGGAACUUUCAAAGCAUCCGCCUGAAACCUGACCAGUUUGUAUCGUACCUUACAUCAGAGGUGGGCUUCACCAGUUAUGAGUACCUUGGGGCCCCCAAGUGUUCGAUUAAAGGUUUUCAGAGGCCAAUGUACUUGUUUCACAAAUGACCGCUCCUGCCUUGAUACAUCAUCGAAUGUGAGUAGCCUCAGCCACCAACGUACACACAAGCCAGCCAGCUCGUAUGGCCCCCGGACUGCAAGGAACCCCCGGAGUCCUCCCCAGUAGCUCCAGCUUUUUUCAGAUGCUGAUGAUGGAAUUAAUAAAGGAGAACGGGACCAAAAGUGGAAUUAAUUUUGUAAAGAUGAGACCUGCCGCCAAGAGGCACCUAUCGGACCCCUCGGCGGUAACAAACCCUUAGACGGUAUGCAGAGACUCCACAAAGUGCAACCCGGAGCCAGACAUUAUAGCUCGGCCUGACUGGAAAAGGUGCUCCGCCCGUCAUUUUGCUCCAUGUUGAUGCUCGGCCAUGUGUUUUGCAAAACUCUCUGGCCAUAUGUCUUUACGUUCAUGACUUUGUUUUCCUGUGCCACCGCAUCACCAUAAGUUAUAAAUGUUCGGGUUGGCCGAUGGGGCAGACAUUUUCCAUUUGUCCACCAUCACCAACUCAUCUGGUGAUUGUCUUGGCUACUGUUUUAUAUAUUUUGGUGAAUUGAAAGCACUGAAACGUAUUGCAUUGGGCACAGAAUCAGUCUGCUGCUAUUAGCUGAUGCAUUUGUCCCAGCUUCCAACCCUAAUUUAUAGUGGUUAUUUUGCAGAAUAGGCCGUAGAGCGUAUUUAACUUUAAGCUGCCUCAGAUAUGUGACUAUGUUGUAAGUCCACAUCUGGAAAAGGACAAAUUUAAGAUUCUAUAAAGUGAAAGUGUCUCAUCUAAGAGACAAUGGUUUUAUUAAAAACAGCCAAAACAACAAACAUCUGGUGACAUAGUUCAUGCUAAUCCAGUUUGUCUAUUUUGUUUAAGUAACAGCCUGUCCACUUAAAAGGGUCGUGAUGAGUCAUAAAAUUCUGUCACUAUAAAUGUUAUAGGGAUUACGUUUUAACAGGCCCACUAUCUAAACCAGGGCCGCAGCUCAAUGUGAAAUCCUAAAAUCAGAUUUACACAUUAAGACUUGACUCUUUUUAAUGAAUCAAAUCACCUGAUGUGUUCUUUAGACCCCCACGACAAGGGGGGGGGGGCAUCUUUGAGCUGCGCUGACAGAGACCACAAUGGCUCCUUUGGAAGCUAAAUCUGUCGUAUGCAGUGAUUUUUAUUUUUAAUGACAUUAAUGACAAGCCAUAGCCCUACCUUUUUUUUUAAAUAUAUCAUUUAUAAUGUUAACCAUAACUGAGAGCAUAAUUAAGAGUAAGAUAUAAGGCAGAGGCCUUUAAUUAAAGAGCUGCAUAAUAAAUCACAUUUAUUAAUUCAAACGGCAUUAGAAUCCCUUUCUAACUUCGCAAAGAAAAUUAGUUUCUUACAGUGAUGAAAUAUUGCCACAACCUUUUUACCAAAUUAUAUUAUUAACAUGCCGUUGUGCUGCCAAACUAUUUUCGGGGGUGUUCUGCUCCUGAGGACCGCUGUGGUCGUGGUUCUGCUGGUCUGCACUGAGCUCAUCUCCUCCUCUCCUCCCCGGCAGCUGGGACCGAAAACCUUCAUUUUUAUGGUUCCACCGCAUCAUUUGGCACACGAGAGUAGGAGGUGACGGGGAAAGAUGGAUGAUGUGUUUCUAUUUUAGUAGGGGAUUGUUGUAAAUAUGUUUGCAAAGAUUUGUUUUAGUGUUGUCAAUAUUUAGUUCAUAACUGCUUUUGUUCAUUUCCAGUGGAUUUUGUUUUGUUUUUUUAUGUUGCCAAUUUGAGUCUUGAGUUUUUGUCUUAAACCGGACCGCUAAUCCAGCUCUGUAACGACAAAUGGAAAUGUACAUUGCAAAGGUUCUGAUGUGUUUGCUUUGUUCUGUCCUGGCAGGCACAUGGAGUCUUAGAUUGGCUCUUUAUUUUUUUAUAAACUGUUUGAAAGGAG